AUGGGCGACGCCGGCGGCGGCGGCGGCAUGGCGGCGGCGCACUGGGCGGCGCUCUACGGCGGAGGCGGAGGCGGAGCCAAUGGUGGCGCGGCGGCGGGGGAGGGGUCGGGGUUGACGGUGUCGAGCCCGACGUCUGGGGGGUCGGGGGGGAGCCCGACGAGGGCGGCGGCGGCGGCGGCGCAGCAGGGUCCGGGCGUCGAGGCGGGGCGGGUCGGGAAGCCGGCGAGGAGGCGGUCGCGCGCGUCGAGGCGGGCGCCCGUCACGCUGCUCAACACCGACACCUCCAACUUCCGCGCCAUGGUGCAGCAGUUCACCGGCAUCCCCUCCGGCCCCUACGGCCCCGCCGCCGCCGGAGGCGCCGGCCCGGUCAUCAGCUUCGCCGGCGGCGGCGGCGGCGACUAUGGCGGCGGCGUGAUGCCCGUCCGCCCCUCGCCGACUCCGGCCUCCGUCAUGUCGUUCGACCACCGCCUCGGCCACCAGCACCACCGCCACGCCUCCACCCCCGCCGCCGCCGCGUCGCUGCAGAGCCAGCUCUUCCGUCCCCACCACCACCACCCGUACGGAGGCGGCGACGUCGGCUACGGCGGCGGCGGCGGCGCCAUGCCCGGCGACAUGUUCCUCCACGGGUUCGAGUCCUCGCCGGAGGACAGGCUGCUGCUGCAGAGCAUCCAGGCGGCGCAGAUGCUGCCCAGGCCGGCUUCGGCUAACAACACUAAUGGCUACAACUUUGGGUGAUUCAUUAGCCAUCACACACACACUUAGCUGGGUAAUUAAGGUAAGCAUCAAGUGCUAAUUAGAGAGAGAGAGAAUGAUAUUAGCCAUUAAUUAAGGCUAUGUAGAUCAGUGAUACCAAUCAAGAUGCAUGCUUGAUUGAUUGCUUAAUUUUCUCUCCUCUUGGUUAAUUAUCACCAUGAUGAUGUUUCAAUUAAUCAAGGUUUUAUCUUUUUUUUUUGUUGGCCUUGCUGUAGAAAAGAGAGAGGGAUGAGCAAGGCUAAAUUAAGUUCUUUAAUCACAGUAAUUAGUGGUAGCAAGCUAUACUUUCCUCAUGUGAGUUUAGCUUAGCUAGAUGCCUUAGAUGGAUGAAUGUGAAAUGGAUUAUUGGAAAAGAUAGCACGCCAUGUAAAUAUUUCUCAAACAGUUUGGUUAAUUUUUGUGCACUUUCUGUGAUCGCUAGUGCAAAAACUUGAUAUUGAGGAAUCUUUUCUUUCUGGAUUGCCUUGCUUUGGAAGCAAAGUUUGAGAAUGCUAUUAUAUCCUCUCCUAAUUAAUCAAGUCGAUCGCAUUAAUCACAUGUUGUUUUCUCGAAUAAAAAUGUGCCUUUUUU